CUGAGAUGGGCCGCGAUAUCACUCUGACUAGCUCCGGUAUCGCAUGCUUAUCCUCAUCGACCGUCUUCGCCAAGUUGCUUCUUCGCCAUCCACUCGCUCUCACUCGGUCACACACAGAAAAAGGCAAUGGGGACUCGGGAGCCAUGGGCUAGACACCAAGACGGCCUGCUUCCUUGCCGCCAAAUUUACAGUGCCCCGUGCUCCCUCAGAAACCCCACAUCGUUGCAGCAGCAUAUCCCCCGGUCCACUCCAUGCCCGUGGCGUCCACCAUCUUUUGGACAACGACAAGCAUCCACUACUAUCAAAUCAUCACAAGAGGGGAGGGGGGAGAUCAGCCACUUUCAUCGAUGAACACUCGUUCUGCCGGAAAUCGAAAGCCAGACGGGAGACUCGUGUCCGCAUGCUGCCCAGAACCUUCAACCAGGCCUACCCCCGUCACCUCUUUCCCUGGUUGUCGUUAUUGUCGUCACUUUCUUGCGUCUAUUGGCUCCAUCGAAUCCCAAAUACACGGCAGAGACAUGCGCGCAAUGCUUCAGAGACAGAAUAUACUCUACAGAGAGACAUCGGUGCCAUUCUUUCAGAAAAAGCCAUCCAAGGUACGCGCCCAUGGUGCCCUCGCACUGCAAUUCCGCGCCCUAAUUGCCUUCUAUUGUCCAAUAAUGUCUCUCGACAGCCUCGGAUUCUGUUGCGUUCCGACUCAGGUUUCUCCCAACACAUACCUGAUAUCGUGUCCACCCCUUCCCGUGCCACCGAGAUCUUCGCCAAAAAGCAGGGAACAAUCCAUGCCCGAUGGCAACUCGUCGAUUUCCCUCCCGCUAUUCCCGGUCUUCCACGCACGCACGCACGCACUCACACUCACUCACUCACACUCACUCACUCACACUCACUCACUCACUUCAACACUUGCGGCUUGCCCUGCGUGCCUGCAUGCCGGCCGGCAUCUCCGUCUUUUCUUUUUAUUGUCCGGCCCGGGCCAGGAACCACGGCUAUCCACAGUCCAUCCCCUCAAGUCAAGACAGUGAUACAACAGAUCUUGUCUCACCAUCAGCCUCGAUUUCGAGUAACACGACCAUCUCGAUGGAAACAAAUUACGAAAUGAACAAUGCGAGAUCCAAAGGAAAAAAUAACUUACUUCUGAUUGGCUCUGCCGUUACUGUUGGCUACCUUGCGGCGUCCCAAGCUUCCGGCUAG